ACGAGAGAACACACAGAUAGAUAACCCUUCAGGUCAAAGGUCAAUUAAAAUUCCACAAAGUAUAAAUCACUAAGAUAACUAAACAAAGAUGUUUCCAUUAUUAUAACUAGAUGACGGAAUUUCUAGUAGAAGUUUUAUUUAUCAGCUGUGGCUUCGCUGCCAUUUUUGUGUUUAUAAAAAACGGAUUUCCUUGAGUGCCCGACGUCCGUAGGAAUUUCGCCUAUAGGUAUAGGUAUUUUAUAAUUUAAUAAUUUGGUCACCUACUCAUUCAUAGGUACAUCUAAACAUAGAAUUUACUAAAUAAAUAUGAAAGGCGCAAAACAAUAAUCAUACGUUUUAUUUAAUUGACAUACCAGUUAUUUGGUUCUUUAUCAGAUAAGAUAAAGCAGUUACAGUUUUCAAGUAGAUAUUAAAAAAGACAAGUAGCAUUAGUUUAAAAAACUAUUUUACCUUGUUAUUUUUAUUUGUGGUACCAAGUGAUAAUUUGAAUUUAGAAUUUUUAUCACCGUGUAAUUUUUAAACAGUAGGUACCUACCUAAAGCAAAAAAGACUGCGUCAUUGUUCAAACAUAAGUUUUAUCAAAACAACAAUAAUGGUAAAAUAUACAUUGGACAAUUUAAUAAAAAUAUAUAAAACUAGCUACACAGCUGUUUUACCAGAAAUUCUUAUAAAAAAAUAUUUAAAAUAUGACCCAAUUACAGAACAAUUAAAUGUCUUUGGAAAUAAUUUUAAUUUAAAGAACAAAAGCGUUUAUGUAAUUGGUACUGGAAAAGCUGUGAAAAAUAUGGCAAUUGAGGUAGAACGCAUGUUUAAUUCUAAAAUUAAAGAUGGCUAUAUAAGUUUACCUAAAGGCAGUUUAACCAAAUUUGAGUUUAAAACUAACCUAAAAUACAUAGAGGGAGCUAAAGACAACUUGCCUGAUGAGGAUGCUGAAAACACUAGUAAAAAAGUAAAAUCUUUACUUUCCAAGAUGUCUAUAAAUGACUUUGUUAUAGUCCUGAUUUCUGGUGGUGGAUCAGCUUUAUUGUCAUUGCCAAAAGCCCCAAUUACUUUAGAACAGAAAACCACAUUAAUUAAGAAACUAGCAAACUGUGGUGCAGACAUAAAAGAAUUAAAUAUAGUGAGAAAAGCAACAUCCGACUUAAAAGGUGGACAAUUGGCUUUAGAAGGACAACCAGCUACGAUUGUAACAUUAAUUUUGUCUGAUAUUGUUGGUGAUCCCUUAGAUCUCAUAGCCAGUGGGCCCACUGUAGAAAACAAGGAUUCUCCAACAGCUGCAAUUAAUAUUAUCAAGAAAUAUAACUUAUUUGAAAACCUUCCUUCGUCCAUCUUAAGUGUAUUAGAAGAUAAAGCUCCUAAUAGACCAUUUCCACAUAAAAGUGUACAUAAUUAUAUAAUAGGCUCAAAUAAAUUUAGCAUAGAUUCUGCAGUUUCUCAAGCAAAGGAAUUACAUUAUUUACCUGUAGCAUUAUCAUAUACAAUUACAGGGAAUGUCAAAGAUCUUGCUCAGCAAUAUUACAAACUACUUAAGCAGAUUUGUGAUUAUCUUAUUGGACACAUUGAUUUUGAAACACUAAAGUCGGAUGUUAGCAAGCUUAAUUUGCCAGUUAUACUAGAUAACAUAAAUGUCCUAAAUACAGUUGACUUCAAAGGAGAUAUUUGUCUUAUUUUUGGUGGAGAGACAACUGUAGAAGUAACAGGGAGUGGGAAAGGAGGAAGAAAUCAGCAAUUACCAUUAGAACUAUCAUUAUUGUUACAUGAAAAUAAAGAUAGUCUGUCAGACCAUGUAGUAUAUUUUUUAAGUGCUGGUACUGAUGGUAUAGACGGCCCUACAGAUGCAGCUGGGGCAAUUGGUUACACUAAUUUAGUAACUGAUGCAAAAAAAGAAAAUCUUGAUGUUAAAACAUAUUUGACUAACAAUGAUUCAUACAAUUUUUAUAAAAACUUCAGGAAGGGUGAACUACACAUUAUUACUGGCCAUACAAAUACUAAUGUUAUGGACAUUCAUCUUAUAGUUUUAUGUAAACAACAAGAUCAAAAAUAAUGUUAUGUUCAAACGUAAUGUAUUUUAUGAUAAUGAUGAUGGUUUUAAAAAUAAAUUUAAUGUAUUCUUUUUUUCAUCUUCAUUUUUUCUUUUAGCAGCAUCCAUUACAGCUUUUUGACACAAACCAGCAAAUCUGUCUUUUUUCCUUUUGUUGUUUCUAAUUUUUGAUGGAACUAUCUCUGGUGUAAUCUUAUUGUUCUCAUUUUU